AUGUGCUUUUCGACGCAUCAUUUUCCCGAGAACCUCGACUUUGUCCCUAACGUUGCAAAUCCUUGGCAGUAUCCUGCGCUGAUAUUUUCGGCGCUGUGCGGACGCGCCAUCAAAGGACUGGCACCAGUGUGCAAAGUAAAUCCGUCGCUGAUUGCUUAUGGGACAUUCAAGGACUGCAUGUGUGCUGUCAAAGUGCUUCCGGCGUUCGCCGAUGAUAUCGCUCGCUCUGAUUUCGCUCAGGUAACUCUGCCUUCGGUAGUCAGCUUUAGAUGA